AUGCCCACAUGGGCUUUGAUUCGCUCCGCAGCCAUUACAAGGAUUUCCUCAGAACUCGAGACCGGCCAGACCGGCUACGAAAGAAACGCUGGACACCAGCUGAAUUAUUUAAGAUAUCAUCGGCACCAUUGUCGGGCCCAAUGCUACCAUUCAGCGGAAAACUCAUGCGACCACCCUCCGAGAGAUCGUCUACGACAUCUUCACGUUCUGACUCUGAGCCUCGCUACCAUCGUCAACACCCAUUUCGGGCUCAAGUCCAGCACCAAGCCCUACCCAUCCCUCCUUACACCGCGCCGACACAUGGCCGAGGCGGAAUCUCUCUCGCCGCUCUUCGGAGGCUAUGAUCAGUGGCACGACUUCUCUGGCGCAUAUUACCGACGUCAUCGCUUUACGCCCUCGAUCUCCCCAUCAACCUCGCCGCUUCCAUUCUACCACGAUGAUCAGCACUUGCCCUCUUACGCCGGUCUUGCCUACAUUCCUGCGCGCGCGGCCUGGAUGGAGAUGCCCAAGCCGGACUUUCGUCCAGGGUAG